AUGCCUUCGAUACCACCAUCCACGACGAACAAUUGGUGGUGUGACAUGAACACAGAAUACGCGUUCGUUGGAUUCAGCUAUGAAGUUACUGCUUGUCAGGAUUUCAACCAGCUCCGAUCCGAGUUCACGGACAUUCGGCGAAGAUUCAACAGUCGUUAUGUCCGCAUGUAUGGGGCUUGUGACAGGGAAGGCUUCUACGAUGAUGUUAUAAGUGCAGCCUGGGAGGCUGGUCUAGGCAUACACGCUCUUGUCUGGUUUGGAUUCGACGGGGACGACAUCUGGAAAACUCGUCGUGACACGCUCUUUGUAGCACUACACGCGAACCCAAAGGCCAAAUUUGUCACGCGAGUAGUGCAGUUUGGCUCGGAGCCGCUCUUUGACAACGUUCUCGAGCCGGGUGAUCUCGUAGCUCAGGUGUUGGCUGCCAAAGCGAAUCUAUCGAGCUUGGGUAUACCCGUUACCAUAUCGGAGAUGGCGUACGGGUAUCAGGAACGUGGUGGCGCGAAAGCAGUGCUCGAUGCCGUUGAUUUAAUUGACGCGCACAUGCUGCCCUUCUUUUCGCAACAAGCUUCCACUGCUAACGCAUCCUGGCCUAUCGUUUUGACCGACAUGAAUUGGUUCAUUGAUAAUGGCGAAGGAAAGAAAAUCUACCUGUCCGAGAAUGGCUGGCCAUCGGUCACCUCCGAAGGUGUACAACCUAACAGUCCCGACGCAGUAUCUGAUAUUCAAAAUGAAUCUGAUUAUUACAAGCUACUCGAUUCGAAGUGCUCUUACUUCAAAACAGUUCAGGGCGGUGGCGUCGGAUGGUUCGCGCAUAUCUAUUCUGAUACGCAGGAGCCGGGAUAUGGCAUUUACAAUACGCAUGGAAACCUCAAGUUUGCCUUUAAUCCUGCUACGUCUUGUUAA